CAUUGCGAGCGUGCAGAUGACUCCGAGGAACUACUGCAUGUGUUUUUUUUUUAUGUAGAAAACAAUCAUGAGUGAAGAAAACUGUCCCUUUAGAGGUUCGGCAUGCGAUGACGAACCCAAGGAAGGCGACAAAACCCCUUUACUCGUAAACGAGGACCGAUCAACACGACAAAAUAGGCACCGGUCAACGAGGAGAAGUAAAACCAAGGACAACGAAACUGCCUUUUCAAGUUCAGACUCAGAGGAAGAUUACAGAGUAAAUGGAGUUCAGAAUCGGCGUUAUGAUUCACCAAGGGGUGGACCAACUCCUUGGUUUGUGUAUUAUUUGACAUUUUUCUCAGCGAUUGGAGGCUUCUUGUUUGGCUAUGAUACUGGCGUUGUCUCAGGAGCUAUGUUGCUAGUCGAUGAUGAUUUCUUGCUCAGCCCGUUAUGGCAUGAAAUGGUUGUUAGCGUCACAAUAGGUGCAGCAGCAGUUUUUGCCCUCAUAGGGGGCAUUGUCAAUGAUGGGCUUGGGAGGAAGCCUACCACUUUAAUGGCCAGUUUUGUCUUCACUGUGGGGGCCUCAGUAUUAGCCGCAGCACAGAAUGCAUGGAUGUUGCUGGGUGGGAGGUUUCUACUGGGAAUAGGCAUAGGAUUUGCUUCAACCACAGUUCCCAUGUACAUAGCCGAGAGUGCCCCCUCUCAUCUCCGUGGUCGACUGGUCACUCUGAAUAACAUCUUCAUCACAGGGGGUCAGUGUGUGGCCAGUGUUAUAGAUGGCGCUUUCUGCUUUGACCAUAAAAAUGGAUGGAGAUACAUGCUGGGUCUGGCUGGAUUGCCUUCACUAGUACAGUUCAUUGGCUUCAUGUUUAUGCCAGAAAGUCCCCGGUGGCUGGUAAAAAAUGGGCAAGUGGAGAAAGCGACCAUGGUUUUGUCUAAAAUCCGUGGUACAGAGGAUGUAGGGGAAGAAAUAGACAGUAUUAAAACAGCAGAUGAAGAGGAUAAAGAAGCCCGGUUGGCUCUAGGAAAUACAUUAAUCAUUGUGCAGAUGUUAAAAACACCUCAAGUGCGACGAGCUUUGAUUGUGGGAUGUUGCUUGCAGAUGUUUCAACAGUUGGCAGGGAUCAAUACCGUUAUGUAUUACAGUGCCACUAUCAUAAAGUUGGCUGGAGUGGAAGAUGAAUGCCAGGCAGUAUGGUAUUCUGCUAUCACUGCCUUGGCAAACUUUACCUUCACCUUUGUGGGUCUUUGGCUGGUAGAAAAAGUGGGGAGAAGGACACUAACACUGGGCAGUUUGGGCGGCACAGUUCUUUCCCUGGCCUUAUUGGCUGUAGGAUUCCAGCUGGCGGCUAACUAUUCCCCCAGUGUCAGCGUAGUAGAGGGCGCACUGGGGAAUGACUCAUGUGGGCAGCAUAGCUGGUGUAACGACUGUAUGGUAGACCCAUCAUGUGGAUACUGUUAUGUCAGCACAUCUACAGGAGCUGUCAAUGGCUCAUGUCUGCCUACCAAUGGCACAGGCAGUGUUUCAGUGGCUGGGAGAUGUGCUGGCACUCACUUACCAAAUAACCUGCAUUGGGCUUAUGAUUUCUGUCCUACAAAUUAUUCCUGGAUGGCCCUCGCUGGGCUGGUGAUAUAUUUGGCCUUCUUUGCUCCAGGUAUGGGGCCCAUGCCAUGGACAAUUAACUCAGAGAUCUACCCUCUGUGGGCUAGGAGUACUGGAAAUGCCAUCACCACAGCAACCAACUGGAUAUUCAACUUGUUUAUUUCUCUCACAUUCCUGACUUUGACUCAGGUUUUGACUAGAUAUGGUGCUUUCUGGUUGUACACAGGCCUGGCAGCCAUAGGGUGGUUGAUUCUCUUCUUCAUACUACGAGAGACAAAGAACAAAACCCUUGAACAGCUAGAAAAUUUGUACACUCGGCCUUGGUGCUGACAUAUAGGGCCAUCCUUUUCUUUCUUUUUUACACGAUUAUAAAAUAAUGCUGUGCUUAAACAAAGUUAUCAGAACUGGAAUUGUUCAGUUUGUGCAAUGAAUGUCAGGGAUAGAAAAGAAAGCAAUGAUGUGCCAAAAAAUUCAGCAUUUUAGGUAUAUAUGUGGAAAUUAUCUCAUUUUCAACUCCCAUGAAUCCAUCUGUAAAUUCUUUUAAAUUGUGUUUCAGAACUUUAAGUCACCAAUAGCUAUUUCCAAGUAGCCUCAGUGAUAGUAAUAAUGAUAAUAAUGUAAUAUAGAAACUAAAUUAUUCAUACUGCAGUAUAGUAUGCAGCUAUGACGAGUUUUUACUAAUUAUUUUUAAAAAUAGUUAUUAUUCAUCUUUGUUGGGGCCAAAUUCCUUUCAAAUGACUCUCAUGUGUUAAGUUAUACCUUUGUAUCUGGCAGCUGUUUUUUACUGUGAUUUUUCAUCUGUGAGCAAGACUUUGAAUUAAUUAAGAAGGUAUCGAAAUAAAGCUCAAUAAGUACGGGACCCUUGUGUGUCACUUUUUCCAGUGUUUGCAAAUGGGAAAAAAACUGUGAAAUAUAGAAUAUUUUUGUGUUAGAAAGAUCUUGUAUUUUAAAUGUCACUUUCAUUACUUCUGUGAUUCCAUGAUCUCCUUUUCCUAUGCAAAUUACCAAAAGGGGGAAAAGUGAUAAUAAGUGGAAAGGGAAUAAAUCCAUUUUUAUUAUUAUAAUAUAUU